AUGGCAAAGCAAACAUUCAUGUACUAUUCCCUAUUAGCCAUCGUCAUCUUUUGGGCUUCCUUUUCUUCAGCUCAAAAGAAAACCCUAACCGUUGAGCUAAUCCACCGUGACUCUCCUUGUUCUCCCCUCUACAACCCUCUCCACACUGUCUCCAACCGUCUCAACGCCGCUUUCCUCCACUUAAUCUCCCGUUCCCGCUAUUUCUCAACAAAAACCGAUAUCCAAUCUGGUUUAAUCGGAAACAGCGGCGACUACUACAUGGCCAUCUCAAUCGGUACUCUAGCGACUAAAGUCCAUGCCAUCGCCGACACAGGAAGCGAUCUGACUUGGAUCCAAUACAAACCUACAGUCAUUGGUUGCGGUUACAAUAACGUUGGUACGUUCGCAGAAACCGGAUCUGGAAUCGUCGACCUCAGAGGCGGUCCAUUAUCUUUAAUUUCACAGCUCGUCUCUUCAUUAGGAAAGAAAUUUCUGUAUUGCUUGUCACACACGUCAUCUACAUCAAAUGAAACAAGCUUCCUAAACCUAGGAACUAACUCGAUACCUUAUAUCCCAAGAAAUGGUUCCGUUGUGCUCACUACGCCGUUAGUCACAAAAGCCCCAAACACUUACUAUUACAUUACUCUCGAAGCAAUCACCAUUGGCAACACUAAGCUUCCGUACACAGGAGGAGGAGGAUACGGUUUAUACGAUGUUGGGGAAUCAAAGACAACAACCCCUAGGAACAUCAUAAUCGAUUCUGGAACUACAUUUACGUUUCUUGAAUCCGGAUUUUAUGGUCGUGUUGUUGCAGCGGUGGAAAAAUCGGUGAUCAGAGGUAAGCGCGUAAGUGAUCCACAAGGGCUUUUACCUCACUGUUCGGAAGACAAGCGAUCAGUUUGCCGGAGAUAA